UGAAGUGUCGCUGCACUUCCUAUGGCCAUAUUUGGGUGAGCAUCAGUGGAGCGUGAGCUCAGGAAGGCAUUUCGAAGGACCAAAAUGAGCUUUUGUCUGUCGUCUAUUGCAAGAACAAUAUCCAAACGUUGUUUCCACCUAAGUUGAUUGCGCCACGUUCACAGAAGAAAACAACGUCCUGCUGCAGUGAUCAGAGCUUUGAUUCACAGGAACUCUGAAACACGCAGCAGCAAAAACAUUUCACACUGGAAAACUGUCAGGAGACACAGUGAAAGAUCAUGACGACGCUGCUGGACCUGAAGAGUAGUGUGCUGAGGCAGGUGCAGAGGAGCCAGUCGCUGAGGAGCCGAAGGGAGCCGCCAACAACCACCGCCAGCAGCCCCCUCACACACUGUCCUGACCCCUUAUCUCGCAGGAUUUCCGAGGAGAGCGUGGAGUUCUUUGAGCGUGUGAAUGCCAUCCUUCAGAAACAGGAGAACAUGCUGCGGGCUGCCCAGGCUGAGUGCCAAAGAGGGGCCUGCACAGUGCCGCCGCCCCAAGAGCAUGUGGACCAGGCUUUUAUCCCCGACAGAAUCAGCAGGACAGAGCUGGACCUUCUUUAUGAGGAAGCUGUGUACACGGUGGUCAACCGGGUGGGAGUGCCUUCACCAGAACAUGUGAAAAGUGAUGAAGAGCUGUUUGCUUAUCUGCUAAAGGUGUUUGAUAUGGGAGAAGAGGAACAUGACAUCAUUCUCCAAAAAGUUCAAGAAUCCACGCGAGCCAGUUUUUCUUUGAGGGUUUCUGUUAUGAAAGCAAAGAAUCUGAUGGCCAAGGAUGCAAAUGGGUACAGCGACCCCUACUGCAUGCUAGGAAUCCUGGUGGGCCAGAGCCCGCGGGAGGUGGAGGAGAAGAAGGAGAGAAAGUUCAGCUUCAGGAAGAGAAAGGAGAAGCUGGAGAAACGCUCCAGCACCAAGGAAGUGUUACCUGCCAAGUGUAUCCAGGUGACUGAGGUCAAACCAGAGACUCUCAACCCAGUGUGGGACGAGCACUUUGUGUUUGAAAUAGAUGAUGUCCACAAUGACCUCUUACAUCUUGACAUAUGGGAUCAUGACGAUGACGUGUCUGUCGCUGAGGCCUGCAAAAAGCUCAAUGAAGUCAGUGGACUUCGAGGAAUGGGAAGGUAUUUUAAGCAGAUAGCAAAGUCAGUGCGUGCCAAUGGAUCCGCAUCAUCAGGCUCUGAGGAGAAUGCAGAUGACUUCCUCGGAUGCAUCAACAUCCCUUUGAAUGAGAUCCCAGUUGUUGGCUAUGACACCUGGUUUAAGCUGGAGCCUCGAUCGAGUACGUCUAAAGUUCAGGGAGAAUGUCACCUGAUACUGAAAGUCUUCACCUGCCAGAGAGACACAGCUUUGUCUAAGAAAGACUCAAAUGUCUCCAUUCACAAGAAACUACUGUGUCAGAUUGUGGAGUAUGAGCACGCUCAUGUUAAGAGAGAGCCCUACAACUGGAAUGGGCAGGUUUGUCCCCCAGCAUGGACUGUACUGACUCACCAUGCUGUGCAAACUGAUCUUUCACCUCUCCAACAGGCCAUUAUUCGUUGGCAGUGCUAUAGCAGCCACCAUCGGACCCAGAGGGUGUGCUACUCCCUGCUGCUGCGGCUCCUGAGAACCAUUGAUGCAGAGUGGGAUCCCGCCGCUGUGAGGGGCGACCUGGAAAGGCAGCUGUCAGACAGCUUCAGGCUGUACACAGAGCACUGCCUGUGCCUGAUGAAGAACAUGCGUCAGGUUUUCCCCUGCACCAGCACUGCUGCCAUUACACGCUACGAGCUCAUGCUGAGGGGGAUUGGCUACAUGCAAAACAUGCGGGCGUUUAAGACUGUAUGUCCUCUUCGAAAUGAACUGCAUUUGGAUAUCACUACUGCUGUCAAGAAAGGGACUGCAGAGUGGUACGAGAGCUUAAUUGCGCAAUAUAAACCAGAGGACGUGACUCUGGAGGAGCAGCUGAAGAAGCUGGUUCAGGUGGUUGAUGCUGUGUGUGCAGAUGUACAGAGAGCCCAGAACAUGUACAACAAACUCUUCUACAGUGCAGUGAAAGUAGAUUUCUUCAGCAUAUCAUACAGGCAGUUGGAGAAACAGGUAGCUGAUGAUGUAAAUGUAGCGAUGGAGCGGGUUUGUGGGACUCUGGAGCAGGAGAGCUCCAGACUGACUCAGACAAUGGGAGAGACCAUCUUUGAGCUCUUCAUGUCCUUGAAAAUCCUCAAAGGCUUUCGGGAGUUUCUUCCUCUCAAGGAUGCUAAAAUGUUGGCCUUGACAGGCUUUCAUAACUGGUUCAAGUCCUCGAUUCAUAAGUGGCUGCAGAUCGUUCAUGACAGAUCCUGUGACAGAAUUCAUAAAGCCGUGGAAGCGGACAAGCUGGAGCCUGUGCAGCAGGCCAAAAACAGCUCCUCAGCAGUUGAAGUGACAACAUGCUUCAGCCAGGUACGCGAGAUCUGGCUCCAGUUGGCCUGGCCAGACUCUGCGGGAGCCUUCAUCUUUAUCACUCGUUUGACAGAUAAUUUCUGCAGCGAGGCUGUGUGCUACUCAGAGAUGAUAACACGCAAGAUUGAGAGGAACCAGCUGGGCCGAGACCACAAGAGCUUCACAGUGCAGCUCUGCAUCGCCCUGAACAACACAGAGCACGUGCGCAUUUUCCUGGGUCAUCUGCCCCGUGACCUGGACUGGCAAGGUGUGGAGCGGGCCAUGGAGGAGUCCUGUGGGGUGGAGGGGAAGGAGCAGGUUUACAAGGCUCUCAAUGGGCAGCUGUUUAACAUGGACCUGGACCUGCAGAGAGAAGCCAAACGUCUCAUCACACUGCUCACUGACAAGAUGCUGCCUGAGCUGCGGAGGUACAUCCAGCACAUCAGCCUGUCUCCAGACUCCAUCAACAAUGACGACGCUGUGUCCCCUCUUAUGAAGUACCUACAAGACACUAUGGUCAUCCUCACUGAAAACCUUGUAAAGGAGAAUCUGACUAGAGUUCUCCAGAGCAUGUGGGAGCUGCUCCUGCGGAUGAUCCUGGAUGCAGUCGCAGAAAACAGGGGUGUUCAGGUGGAGUUCUACAACCGCUUCCAGUAUACAAUGGAGACCCUGUUGCAGUUCUUCCAUGCCAAGGGAGAGGGUCUUUCCCUGGAAGACAUGAAAAGUGGAGACUACAAGGUCGUGGAUGAGGAGCUCAGGCUAAAUAAAUGUUCCUCCUUUGAGCUGAUUGAACAGUACUAUCUGGAGAAGAUUUCCCAACAGAAAACACUCAAACAUACCCGUUUUGGUCGGAUCAGUGUGAAGUGCUACUACGAUGCUCCAGAGCAGAGACUGACAGUUGAGAUUCUGCACGCUGCAGAUAUCAUUGCACUGGAUGCCAAUGGUCUCAGUGACCCAUUUGUCAUAGUGGAGCUCUGUCCUCACCACCUGUUCCCUAUGGCCAAGAGUCAACGCACGCAAGUGAAACUUAAGACACUGCACCCAGUAUUUGACGAACUCUUUUACUUCCACGUCAGUCCUGAACAGUAUAGACAUAGGUUUGCCUGUUUGACCUUCACUGUGAUGGACUACGACUGGCUUUCCACCAACGACUUCGCCGGUGAAGCCGUGGCUCCUCUCAGCGACUUCUGCUGGCCAGGGAGACCGAAUGCCUCAGCAGCCGGCAAGAGCGUCCAGCCUGUCAUUCUCCACCUCUCUCGCAGUAAACCAAGCGAGAAGCCAAUCAUGAGGAUGCUGGACGCUCGCAUCGGAGACAGGGAGGCUCAGGAGUUUGUCCGCAGGCUGAAGGAGAUUGAGAAAUCAAUGGAGGAGGAGUAAAAGCUGUUAGCGCUGCCUGUAUUGGUGUUUUCUGACCACGUCUUGCGAUAUGUGCUUUUGUACUGGUACAAUGUUUACAAUAUUUGAAUUUUUUCCAAUGUUAUUGUUUGUUCAGUAAUUAUACCAAAAUGAAAAGAAAAAAAGGAAAACAGUGAAGCUUAUCGCUGUUUUCUAACUGGGAGAUGAACAUCCUGUCACUGUGCAACCCUAUGCUGUCUCAGUUAAACUAUAUUUUAGAAUUUAAUGGAUAGUUGAUCCUAAAUGUCACUAGUCUAUAUUUUUUGUAAUGAAGUAAUUGUUAUCUUUGUUAUGAACUUUGAUAUGAUAGAUUUAACCUUUCAGAACUAUUUUGUGGAAGUAGCUUACAUAUCCAAUAGUAUUCAGUCACAGUCUAAAUCUAUACCUCAGAUAUGCUUAUUAGAUGCAGGGGAGUUUAACAGGUAAUCAAGCCUUUACACAUUCUCCAUGGGCAUUGUGGAGAUAAAUUGCAUGAAAGCCUAUUUACGAAGCUUGAACCCACAUUGAUUUUCUGGAUCAGACAGUGGCUUACUAACAAACAGAAAAACAAAAAUACCAAUGUCAUGAAGGAAAUUACGAAGAUAUAAGACAUAGCUUUGGGGAAUUGCACUUUCUGAGACUUGGUGUUUUAAGGCCAGUCAGACAGAUCAGCAGCAGGGAGGCCUAACACUCCCCUGAGGCACACGCCACAGCUCGGGUUCGCUCGACUUUUCAGAUUGCUCUUCACAAGGCUCAUGAUGGGUCACUGAAGAGGCCAAAAACCUUGUGGUGUGAAGACCAAUUCUUUUAACUCACUUCCUUCUUGCUGUCUGACACUGGUUAGUCAACAUCUCUGCAGAAAUUUAUGUGACAGUUUUGCUGGCAACAGCACACUAAUUUAAAGUUGUACAAACUCAGCACAUUGACAGAAACAAUUUCAUAUGUCAUAUGUAAAAGAGGAAAAUGUGUUGAACAAUGAACAGGUUCAUAUAGAGAAAUGGUGAGGAAAUAAUUGAAAUCUGUACUGCUUCAUUCAAUCUGAAUCAGUGUUGUUGACAGCAACUGAAACUUAAUCAUGCAGUAUUGCAGGAGCACCUUAAAAUAAUAGGAAUGUUUGGGUGUCAUCAUGAGAAGAUCAAUACCACUCUCAUGUCUGUACAGUAAAUAGGAAGUAAUUGCCAGCGGCUGGUUAGCCUAGCUUAGCACAAAGACUGGAAACAGCUAGCCUGGCUCUGUCCAACAGUGAAAAAAAGCUCCUACCAGCCAAGAAAUAGUCCUGUUCAUAACCCCCUCCACAGGGAGCAGAAGCUAUAUUCAGAAUCAUUCAUACUUUCAAGGUUGUGGGGAUACACCAGGAGACCCUGAUGCCUGAUAAUUGGAAGGGUGAAAAUACACCCUGACGUCCCCAAAGAUAUCACAGUGUGUGCCACAGUGGGUGGCCUUAUGUCCAGAUGGAGAGUUUCAAAAACAUUUAUUAGGAGAAACCCAGCUAAUUGCAGAUAAUGAGCUCAUGUAGCGUUCAGAAAGUUCUGGAAAUAGCCAUUAAAUAUGGCAAAGCCUUUGUUAUCCCAACUUUAAAUCGAUGCAGGCUCAUCACAGGCUUUCUACAAGGACCCAAUUUUGUGUUUAUGUCUCAGUGUGGGGCCUAAUCUCUGGAGGUAAAGAGAAAGGAAAAGCAUAAUGAACCUGUGCAGUGGCAUAACUAUAUGCCUGCAGCAGCUCUCAUUGGCCUGACGGGUAUAAUUUAACACCAGCUCUUGCCAGUCCUCCAAAGCUAUGUGUGACUAAAAGGUUAGGAUCUUAACAUUUUGCAGAAAAAAUAAGGAUCAGACUACAACCUGGAAUCCAACUAUCAUCUUGUGGAGAAUAUGAAAUUGUUAUGCAAUUGAAACAUUAAUAAACAACUCAAAAAAGCACAGUAGCGACGACUUAGCAAGCUAAUAUCGUAGCAAGUCUAAAGGCCCAGUUUCCUGGACAUGGUUUGAAUUCAACCAGGAUUUGGUUGAAAUCUAGAAUAAUUAGUCAUGUCUUAAGAGACUUAAAUACAGUCCAGGACUAAGAAGCUUAAUCUCAGUCAGCUGUGUUAAUCCUCUAGUGAGAGUGCACUAAUGUGGUUAAUAUCGAUCACCUGUGUCCUCAUUAGAGCUGGACUUAAGGUGCUCAUGACAGCUGAAACUGGUCAAAAAAAUCCCAAUUCAUAAUUAAUCUAAACUUCCAAACUAGAGGUUUAAUUUAAGCCUGAGUCCAUGUAGUCCUGGAGGAACUUUAAUCUUCUUUCAGGAAAUCGGUCUAGUUUAACAAGACUGAGUUAAAUGUAGGACUAAUCUGAACCACGUGUGGUUGAAAAGGACACUUUAGUAUAUGUAGGAUAUAAUUUAGGCUUAAUUCCUGUAUAGGAAACUGAUCCUUACUGUCACAAAUGUAGCUUAAAGUUUGCAGUUGUUAAACAUAUAAGACGAGGCAGUUCUAGGCAUUUGGAAAAAUGCAGGUAAAGUACACCUCUCUAUACCCUACUCAAAAAAAAACAACAGGUGUCAUAAUGUUGAGAUCGGUUUGCAUGUUAAAAAAUUUUUUUUAAGGUAUACACAAAUCCUUUAUCUUGAUAAUGUAGUUGAUAAUGAAUGUUGCCAGUUUAAAUUUGGCACUUUUAUUGUAGAGGGACACCUUAAUGUCAAGACAACAGGAUCACAAAAUAGUAACAGAUGUGUAGUACAGAAAUACAGAAGAACACUGUAGCAAAUACCGAGCACCAAAAUUCCACACCGACAGCAUUUUGAUAGUGUCGUAACUUAACAGUAGCUGCUUGUGUAGUGCUUUGUCGUUACCCUGUGGCGUUGUGAGGAUGAAGCACGCAAAAACCAUAUCUAUGCCUGGAGAGUGCGCUGCAUUACAGGGAUUGUUCAGGUGUUCAAGAAGCCUGCCUUACUUAACAGGAGUGAGGAAUCCUUUCAGUGCAUCUGAACAGCACUUGCCUUUAUGUUUUAUUUUUAAGAUAUUGCAGGCAGAAUUUGUGUUAGCAUUGUUACUGAACUCUUUCAUAGUUAGUAUAUUAAUCUAACCUGCCAUUAUAAAGAUAUAAAAAGUAUGAUAUAUAAAUAGUUAAUGGAUCUAUUGCCUGAAUAUUCUUCAUUUUCAGUGUGGCAGUUAUAUUUUCUGUGCAUUACUUUAAAACCAGGUAUUCUGGCAAGAUGUUUACUUAAAAAAUUAAACUUCACUUUGAGAUUAAGCAACCAUUAUAGCUUUGGUCAAAUAAAGCUAAUAUUAUAUAAUAACAUUUCUAAUAGGGUCACAAUAAAACUUUCAGAAGUAAUUUACAUCUUUCUAACAGCACUGGAAGUUAAAUAUAUGGGGGGUAGGGACAGUUUUAAAUGAAAUCAAAUUCUCAUGUGAGGAAACCACAGUGUCUUUUCCCAUUAAAUACAAUUGUCUGUUCAGUCACAGUUAGAUGUUGUAGAUGUCCUUAUGUUGCCCUUUGACAGGCAAUCUGGUCAGUAUUAACUGAGUAAAUUGAUUUAUUCUGGUGAUUUUCAAAUUCAAAGAAAGUAUUUUAAUCUUCAAAUGUUCAGUGCAGUCAAUAGUAUUAUCAUAGUAUUCAUGUUCUACAAACUGCAUGUCAUAAAAGACUGUUGUUUUGCUGGCCAUAAAGGAAAAAAAGGCAAAGUUGAAAGGCCUCAGUUUCCAGUUUGGAAAACAUGGCAAAGGAUAUCAGACUGUGAAUUAACAGAGUAUCAUCACAAUUUAGUUUCAUGGCCAUCAGUGCUGACGUGGACAUGACAUUAAGUACAUUAAGGUACUAAUAUAGAAAUAUUGUUGAACUGAGUAUUUGGUUUGUCGUCUGCCGUCCAAAUUUAAAGGCAACAGCUGGUGAAACAUAGCUUCAAGAGGCAAAACACCUUGGAUUUGUUAUUGUAAAAGUGAAUUAUUUGUCCUUGAAUUGUAAAUGCCUGUGUUGCUGUUUAAUGGAUUAUACCUUUGGGAGAUGUCUAUGACCUUGAAUAAAGAUUGUAUUUAAAUUUGAA